AAUUUACUCCCACUUUUUAUUUAUUUAUAAUUUAUUCUUCUAAUUUACUCCGUCCGCCAUAUGCAUUUUUGUACUGCGCCCCUCAAUUUGUAAUUAUUAAAAUCACAAAUUUUUAAAAAAUUAUUUUAAAAAAUAAAAUGGAGUGAUCCAAUUCCAAACUCCCUAUAGUUGAGGCGGUGUUCUCCAUACAUUUUUUUUUUUUUUCAGCCAAAAAAGCGGAAACAAGAAGAGCCUCAGCCUCAUUCGUGUCUCUCGCGGCGAUUUGUAGAGAGAGAGAGAGCGCGAUCGAGAGCGCUAGGGUUUGUGAAGGAAAGGGGAAGGAGAUAACGCGUUCUCGGAUGCGAUACGGGGAUCGAUUCCCCCCUCGAGAAGUAAUGGUCAUAUGAUUCAUUGAUAUCCUACAAAACAAAGUUGACGCUGAUGAUGAUCCACUACACAAAGCCAAACCUCUCAAUCCCCACACCCACCAACAACACUCCAUAAUAGCCACCAAUCACCAUGGCUCAUCCUUCUCCUCCUCCUCCUCCUCCUCCUCCCAAAAAACGGCCCCACUCUCCUCACCACCACCACUACCACCACCACCCAUUUCUCCUGCUAUUCAUCAUCAUGUUCCUCGUCCCCGCAUUCCUCCUCUUCCUCCUCGUCCUCUACCACAAUUCGCUGCACCACCACCUCUCCUACCUCCUGCGCCCUCUCUGGGACACCCCGCCACCCCCCUUCGCCCCCGUCCCCCACUACCACUCCCCGCGCUUGUCCCCCGACGCGCUCUGCCCGCUGCACCGGUGGGGCCGCACCCUCCCCGCCCCCCGCCGCGUAUAUGACGCCGUGCUCGUCAGCAACGAGCUCGACCUCCUUGAGAUCCGCCUCCGCGAGCUCCUCCCCCUCGUCACCCGCUUCCUCCUCCUCGAGUCCAACACCACCUUCACCGGCCGCCCCAAGGAGCUCCUCCUCGCGCGCCACCUCCGCGACCGGUUCGGAUUCGCCGCCGAUAAGAUCGUCUACGGGAUGCUCCCCGGCGACGCUGCGCCGGGCCGGGAUCCAUUUCAGGUGGAGGCCCGCCACCGUGCCGCCGUCACCUUCCUGCUUCGCCGGUCCGGCAUUGCCCCGGGGGACAUCGUCAUCAUGGCGGACGCGGACGAGAUCCCGCGCCCCGAGACGGUGGAGCUGCUGCGGUGGUGCGAGGCCGUGCCGCCUGUGAUCCACCUCGAGAUGAUGCACUACCUCUACUCCUUUGAAUUCCCGGCCGGCUACUCCAGCUGGCGGGCGACGGCCCACGUGUACCACAACCGGACCCGGUACCGCCACUCGCGGCAGACGGAUCUCAUCCUGUCGGACGCUGGCUGGCACUGCAGCUUCUGCUUCCGCCGGAUCGAGGACUUCAUUUUCAAGAUGACGGCGUACAGCCACGCCGACCGGGUGCGGCAGCGGAGCUUCCUGGAUCCCGAGCGGAUCCAGCGGAUCAUAUGCCGGGGGGAGGAUCUUUUCGACAUGUUGCCGGAGGAGUACACUUUCAGGGAUCUGGUUAAGAAGAUGGGCCCGAUACCAAAGUCGGGUUCGGCGGUCCAUUUGCCGUCGUAUUUGAUCCAAAAUGCGGACAGGUUCCGGUUCUUGCUCCCUGGAGGGUGCAUGAGAUCGAAGGAUUAAGGGUUUUUCUAAUAUGAGAUGUACCUUUCGUUUCUUGCCGAUAGAAAGUUAGGGCUCACUCAGGCGAGUAAUACUUUAAAAGAGACUAAAGAUAUGAGGUAUUGGAGUAGCAGGAAAUUUAGAGUUUGGCACAAGGUUCAUAUAAAGGAUUGAAUUAAUUUUGAGGUUGGAGAAUUAAGAGGGUGAAAUGUACAUACAUACACAGUAAUGUUGCUUCGA